AUGCCCUGUCUGCAGGGAGUCCACUAUUAUGGGUAUGCAUAUACCCACAAUGAUGAUCCUGAAGCAAAAGAACAAUGGUUCCAAGAAGCCAUUGCAUCUGCUCGGAGAGCCACCCAACUCUCCCCCUCCAACCUCGAGUAUUCUCUCUUCUACGUCAACCUUCUCAUUUGUUGCAGUGAAAGAUUUCCAGAGGCCGUCAAUGAGUGUGAACGAGCUCUUGCAGUUACUGAACCGAUCAAUUUUUUCUUCGAGAACUUCUUGGAGGAGACUACUGAAAAUCAGAUGGCCUUCUACCAACAAAGCCUCAUGUUCAUUUUACGGGCACAUUCUGUUGGUCCAAUUACAGAUAUCAUGGAAAAUUGCCCUGCUUCAUGCUCUUCUUCUUCACUUGCUUCCAGAAGCGCAGAUCCUCCUCCUGAUGAGGUGCAAAGCCUCAAUGACCAGGCUCAAGGUGAUAAACCCUGCCCUGCAAAUUCCAUUGCUUCUUUCCCUCCUGACAACGUGAAGGACCUUGCUGAGAAGGCUCUUCCAUCCUCUCAUCAAGGUGAAGAACCCUGCCCUUCUCAUUCCUCCUCUUCUUCACUUGUUUCCACAAGCACAAAUCCUCACCCUCCUGAUGAAGAGGUGAAGAUACUCUGUAGACAAGCUUUUCAAUUCCUCUGUCAAGGUGACCUCAUCGGUGCCCACGACACUCUUAACAAUGUUCGUCACCAGCACGAAUCCUCUUCCUUAUUCCACUACACCCGCAGUUUAGUGCUCUGCAACUAUUUCAAGACCCUCACCAACGAUCCCGAGGGCUGGAACAGAAAAAUACAAGAGGCCAUCGACUCAGCACAUCAAGCCACCAUACUCUCCCCCAACAUUCUUGAAUUUUCUUUCCACUAUGUGAGGCUUCUUGUUCUGCACAGAAAAUUCGAAGAGGCAGCCAAGGAGUGUGAGCGUGCUUUUGUGAUUAUUAACCAUUACGAUUUCUUGCCCCAGGGUUAUGAAGAUAAAACAGGCCUAGAAAUCUCUGCCACUGAGGUGAACCACUAUCAGAAAAGGUUCCGUUUUCUAUUGAAUAUGCUCAAGAGUCCCAUUGCUUCUGCACACUGCAAGGUGAUGCUGGCAGAAAAGGAACAAGCUUAUAGAAUUCCAUCCUGUCUAGAAUAUUUAUGGCGAGACCUCAUACGAGUGAAUGUUAAUGAUUUCAAAAAAUGGUCAGAGCAAAAUAGUCGGUUUCUGCAUAUAAUAACUGAGGCCCUGGAGUUUUACCAGGAGAAACAUACAUGGAAGUUCUGGGUCUGCCCUCGCUGCCCCGGCAAGAGGUUUGAAUAUUUUGAAUCCAAGAUGCAGCAUGUAUUGAAGGAGCACACGGAUAAACUUUCUGAAGAAUUAAAGCCGUUCUUUCCUGAAAAAUAUGAUCAAGAUUGGGUCGUCAAGCUUGUCAAUAACAUAGUUAAUGCAAAGAUCACAAAGAAUCUUGAUACCUCUAAGCCGUUGAAGCUCAAUCUUGAAAAAACAUGUGACAGUUAUAAGCUUGAAUUUCUUUCGCCUUUUCUGAAAUCUUAUAUGCAGGUAUUCAUUUGCGAUAAAUAUGAUCAAGAUUGGGUCGUCAAGCUUGUCAAUAACAUAGUUAAUGCAAAGAUCACAAAGAAUCUUGAUACCUCUAAGCCGUUGAAGCUCAAUCUUGAAAAAACAUGUGACAGUUAUAAGCUUGAAUUUCUUUCGCCUUUUCUGAAAUCUUAUAUGCAGCUCUAUGAUUCAUCAUGCCCUGUCUGCAGGGAGGUAUUGGAUAUCUGUGAGAGAGCUCUGGCAUUACUUGAUUCAAAUAAUUUCACCAAGGCUGAUCGCUUGUUGCAAGAAGCAAACUACCAACGUCGCACUUCCUUUGCCUUCUUCCAUCGUAUAUGUGCAUUAGUCCACUAUUAUGGGUAUGCAUAUACCCACAAUGAUGAUCCUGAAGCAAAAGAACAAUGGUUCCAAGAAGCCAUUGCAUCUGCUCGGAGAGCCACCCAACUCUCCCCCUCCAACCUCGAGUAUUCUCUCUUCUACGUCAACCUUCUCAUUUGUUGCAGUGAAAGAUUUCCAGAGGCCGUCAAUGAGUGUGAACGAGCUCUUGCAGUUACUGAACCGAUCAAUUUUUUCUUCGAGAACUUCUUGGAGGAGACUACUGAAAAUCAGAUGGCCUUCUACCAACAAAGCCUCAUGUUCAUUUUACGGGCACAUUCUGUUGGUCCAAUUACAGAUAUCAUGGAAAAUUGCCCUGCUUCAUGCUCUUCUUCUUCACUUGCUUCCAGAAGCGCAGAUCCUCCUCCUGAUGAGGUGCAAAGCCUCAAUGACCAGGCUCAAGGUGAUAAACCCUGCCCUGCAAAUUCCAUUGCUUCUUUCCCUCCUGACAACGUGAAGGACCUUGCUGAGAAGGCUCUUCCAUCCUCUCAUCAAGGUGAAGAACCCUGCCCUUCUCAUUCCUCCUCUUCUUCACUUGUUUCCACAAGCACAAAUCCUCACCCUCCUGAUGAAGAGGUGAAGAUACUCUGUAGACAAGCUUUUCAAUUCCUCUGUCAAGGUGACCUCAUCGGUGCCCACGACACUCUUAACAAUGUUCGUCACCAGCACGAAUCCUCUUCCUUAUUCCACUACACCCGCAGUUUAGUGCUCUGCAACUAUUUCAAGACCCUCACCAACGAUCCCGAGGGCUGGAACAGAAAAAUACAAGAGGCCAUCGACUCAGCACAUCAAGCCACCAUACUCUCCCCCAACAUUCUUGAAUUUUCUUUCCACUAUGUGAGGCUUCUUGUUCUGCACAGAAAAUUCGAAGAGGCAGCCAAGGAGUGUGAGCGUGCUUUUGUGAUUAUUAACCAUUACGAUUUCUUGCCCCAGGGUUAUGAAGAUAAAACAGGCCUAGAAAUCUCUGCCACUGAGGUGAACCACUAUCAGAAAAGGUUCCGUUUUCUAUUGAAUAUGCUCAAGAGUCCCAUUGCUUCUGCACACUGCAAGGUGAUGCUGGCAGAAAAGGAACAAGCUUAUAGAAUUCCAUCCUGUCUAGAAUAUUUAUGGCGAGACCUCAUACGAGUGAAUGUUAAUGAUUUCAAAAAAUGGUCAGAGCAAAAUAGUCGGUUUCUGCAUAUAAUAACUGAGGCCCUGGAGUUUUACCAGGAGAAACAUACAUGGAAGUUCUGGGUCUGCCCUCGCUGCCCCGGCAAGAGGUUUGAAUAUUUUGAAUCCAAGAUGCAGCAUGUAUUGAAGGAGCACACGGAUAAACUUUCUGAAGAAUUAAAGCCGUUCUUUCCUGAAAAAUAUGAUCAAGAUUGGGUCGUCAAGCUUGUCAAUAACAUAGUUAAUGCAAAGAUCACAAAGAAUCUUGAUACCUCUAAGCCGUUGAAGCUCAAUCUUGAAAAAACAUGUGACAGUUAUAAGCUUGAAUUUCUUUCGCCUUUUCUGAAAUCUUAUAUGCAGAAUGUCAAUAGUGAUUGGGUUGACAAGAUUGUCAGUUGCACAUGGGAGCCCAUCGAUGUCCAAGUCAUGACAGGGGACAGCAAUAGAUUGCCUUUGUCCAAUCAUCCAGAGAGAAAAGAGCUUCUCAAGAGAAUUCGGGAUUAUUUUAGAAUACUCAUCUUGCACAAUUACUUGUUAAAAACCCAUCUUGACAGGAUUCUAAGUAAUGCCAUGAGAGAACUGCAAGCUCAUUCAUCAGCAGAGCUGCUACUAAGUCAUGGAGUCAAUAACCAGUCAGUGGAUUGUAUUCGAGCCUUGGAUUCUUUGCAGCUACAGAAGGUCCUUGAGUUCUUGCAGUCUCUCACGCAAGAUCAUAAGCUAGAACCAUAUGCUGAGCCACAUGACCCUUCUAGGGAUGUAGUUUUCAAUAUUCCAGAGUGUGAUGUGAGAAUAAGGGCCUUUUUUUAUGAUAGUUCGCCGCAUAUUGAUUUAGAUCUGAAAAUAUUAUCCAGCAGCGAAGAUACAUCUUCUCCUGAUAAUGGAACAAAGUGCUUCCCUGAUGUAAACUCCAUGCUCUUUUGGUUAUAUGAGCAUAAUUUGAUGCAGAUUAUUAAUGGUUGGAGCCACCAGAGAAAUAAAGGACAGAUGGAGGCUGACAGAAUCCUAAAAAAGCUCGAGAAGGAAAUUGAAGACUUGACUCGUAUCUGCACCGUCAAAGGGGAACUCCUUACUUAUCUGGUGCAUAUUGAACAUUUGAAGGGUGUCUGUGAGAAGGAACUGAUGGAAAGGGAAAACUCUGUCGAGGUUAGUAUGACAAAGUGGAAAGAAGAGCUCACUGAAAGAGCUGAAACAGGGAACGAUUUUAUGAUCAGGGUAAUUUCUUUUAUCCUGACAGAAGCAGAAGCUUUCAGAGCAUCUCAAGAUGGGGAUGAUGCCAUCAACAAUGAUGAAAAUCAUCCAAAAACAAGUUCCUUGGAUAACAUCUUCAUAAAAGCAGUAUUCAGGAAACUAGAGGAAUCAUAUGAUAAGAAGAUUUGCAUUGUCGAUGGCAAAAUCAUGAAGAAUCUUGCUACAGCUAGGCAGUUGCAGUUCAAUCUAGAACAGGCUUGUGUGAAUGAUUUCCUUGUAGUUCUUUUACCUCUUCUGAAGAUUUAUAUCCAGGAAGUCGUUAUGAGAAAAGCAGCAGAGCAAACCACAAGUGAGCCCGGAGCAUCAGGGGCAGCACAUUUUAUGAAACUCCUCCAUACCGCUGAAAGUAGUCCAGAUAAAGGAGAAGAGAAACAAAUACAGGAGAUUUCAAAGGGUAUAAAGAAGAGAAACAAACCCAAAAAGCCUAAGGGGAGAAAGUUCAGAUAGUUCUGAAUUUUGUUCAGAUUCUUUUACUGUGAAUGAUACUGCAACCAGAUGGAGUUUAGCAGACUAUCAUACUAAAUUUGAUUGAAUUUGCAGUGACACAGCAUAUUUUCAAAAAUAGUUACAAUGACAACAGUCCAAGUACUUUUGGCCAUCAUCUAUGUGAUCAAUUAUUUUUUGGCGCCAUCUCUUUACAAAUGUCUCUUUUCAAGUUGCUCAUAACCAAAUUGUAGAAAUCCACACUUUUCAAAUUUGACUGAUAAUAAGUUUGGCCGACAAUAUCAUUUUCUUUAUCUUUAGUUCAAUCUGCUCUGGAAUAAAAGAUCUGAACUCUGUUCAUAGAUUUUGCUGUUACUGUUGUUAUGCAACCAUGCAUUAUGUCCAUAGAGCCUUCUAUAGUAUAGGAUAUUAUUCAUGCUGACCUAAUUUCAAUUGUCCAUGUUAAAUUUAAGCAUCUAUCUUAAGUUCUCAAGGUUUCAAGUGGCGAGAGGUUCUUCAUGAAUUGCUUUUAUGGUUUGAAAAUUAAUGUUGUGUCAGGAUCUGCCGCUUGCAGCAUAUUACGUUUGUUUUCAAUAUUUUUUUUCCAUAUUUAAUAAGGGCAGUAAUGGUUUGAAGGACACAAAGAACUUACUAGUCUAGAAAUUAAGUUGUGAAGUGGCUAGCACUAGAAUUUAAGAAAAAAAAAUACGUCCACAUACCACUCCAAGUUUUAGGAAUGAACUCAGUGCGUUUCUAUUUCUUUCUACAAGCUUAGAUUCGGUAAGCAUAAAAAGACAUGAUUGAGCAGUGAUGUGCAUAAUUGCAUUUCUAAAGAAGCAAAGCAAAAGAGGAUAUGGGGACAACUUACUAGCAAACAUAACUAUGAGGCUGACAACAUAUAUAACUAUGAAGAGAAUGAAAUUAUGCUAAUGCUAAUGCUAAUGAAAUCUGAAAGAAACAAAUGAAAAUAUAGAAGUAAGAGAAGCAAACUCUUCCAACAGUAGCGCUGUCGAAUAAAAUUACAAUGAUAACAUAGCAUGUAAUAAACAAAUUAAAUUAUUUUGAUCAGAGAAUAAAAAUGACCCGUUAACAUUAUGCAGUAAUUUAAAUGUAAAUUCCAGUCUAUCGCACAUAGUAUCUUAGCAGAUGUUAACAUUAUGCAGUAGUUUAAAUGUAAACUCCAGUCUAUCAUACAUAGUAUAUUAGCAGAUGUUCCUGAGGCUAGGAAUCAGAUGGUUCAUCCCAUACUGAUGUCAAGCAUAUCAGCACAUUCAUUCUGCAACCUUCUUAGAGUUAUACUUCAUAUAAAAUGCAUUGAGAAAAUGAAUGCCAAUUGUCAUAGGAAAAUAUCCAAGCUUGAUGCUAAUUGUGACACCCCCUAUUUAGUCCCACAUGAACUAGUGUGGGAAGAAAGGUUAGUGGUGUAAAUAGAGAAAAUCCCAAGGCCCAAGAACAACUAGUGCUAGCAUUUUGGCAGCGGAUUUAAGCCAAUAUCGAGUUACUCUUGGUGGGUCCCACGGCUUGCACACGCCAACGGGCCCGUGGACCCGGGGCGUGAAAAAUGGUAUCAGAGCUUGCAAGCUGGAAGUGUGGAGCUAAGUGUUAUACGGGGCUAUGUGGAGCUAAGUGUUAUACGGGGCUAAGUGUUACACCACAUGAAUACGGUGGGAGCCACCUCUAGAGCCUGUAGGAGCCACUUCUAGAGUCCACAUCAUCGACAGUGACACUGGGAUGUACCGAUUGUCAUGCCGUGAUGACGAGACUAACAUUUUGGCAGUGGAUUUAAGCCAACAUCGAGUUGCUCUUGAUGGGUCUCACGGCUUGCACGCGCCAACGGGCCCGUGGGCCCGGGGCGUGACACUAAUUAUCAAGUACAAUAUGUCAUUGCAAACAGAAACUUCAAUUCAUAAAAAUUAACGGAAGUACAGAUAGAAACUGUUCAGUUCAUAUUUCUCUUUGC